AAGUAGAGUGGAGUGAGUAGGGGGCACUUGUUUGACUAAGUCACAGUGGAAAUAGUCCGUGAUAAAGUUUGCGCAAACAAAUAUGUUGUUGACGUCUUAACAGUAUCGACAGUCUCAAUCAGAAUAUUGCCUCUACAUAUUAUUUGUGGGCAACAGGAGGUAUUUCUACCCGAAGUUCAUCAUACCGUCGUUCACUCGUUGUAUUAGCUUCGCGUGUGUAAUUAGCUCAUUAGCUUACGGUGUUUAUUUUGAGCAUUCAUUAGCAAAGUGAACGGACUGUUAGCCACAGCUAACCUAGCUUGCGCUGAAGGCUUCAGCUCGUCGUGAUCGACGUGGGAAACCUUGAGGAUUUGUGAGACUUUGUGCCAGAAGCUGCCCAGCUGACACCCGAGAGCUUCUUCUGCUUCGGCGGGUAGAGACCACACGACAUCUCUCUGGACAUCGGGUCCGACUCCUCGAUCGUCGAGGGACUGAGGCCGCGAGAGACCGGUGACGUCAUCAGCUGCCGAGGCCACGUCAUCGCUGGACGCCUGCCUGACCCCUGACCUCUGACCUUCAUCCCAGAGAGAGAGAGAGAGAGUUCUGGUUGAAGAUGCAGACUGGACUCACAAGUGAACUAAGCACUGUUUGCUUCGGAGAGAGAUUUCCAGUGGCCCUGACAGCGAAGCGCCGCAGUCGAGCAACGCACCACGUCGAGCAGAAAACAAGAAAACGGAGAUUCAACACGAGGCCAAAAUUCUCCAUGCAACCUGUUUGGAGCUGAGAUGUUUCGAAGCUCAGAGCCAGGACAACAAGGAAAAUGAAAAUGGAACGAUGCCAGAGGAUGGGAGAUUACUAAUAAUGCAUACAGCUACACACCAAAUGUCAGCCUGUCCCUCCCGCUGGGCAUGGGAAACCCCUGUCUGGCCACCCAGUACCACACCUUACAGUCCAGCCCAGUCAUCUCAGUUUCAUCUUGCCACCAGACGGGGUACAGCCUCCAAAACGAUAACCAUGCAGCAUCAGGCUAUUACCUGCCCCACGGCCUGAGACCCAACGGGGCUCCGGCUCUCGAAAGCCCCCGAAUUGAGAUCACUGCCUACAGCCAGUACCCCGAGGAUGAGGUGGAAGAGAGCAGCAGCGAGGACCACAUCAUCAAACGAGGCGUCAACUCCAUCGUCACGCUGACACUGCCCAAUGCGGACGGCUACCGCGAUCCCAGCUGCCUCAGCCCCGCGAGUAGCAUCUCCUCACGCAGCUGUAACUCCGAGGCGUCCUCCUACGAGUCUGGCUUCUACAACUAUGACAACUCCCCGCAGAACUCACCAUGGCAGUCGCCCUGUGUUUCUCCCAAAGGCUCAUCCAUGCUUCUGUCCUGCCCACAUGCCAGCGGCCCUGCCGGCUCCCCCCACAAUUCGCCCUCCACCUCCCCUCAGAUAGGAGCCGUGGCCGAGGAAGGCUGGCCGGCUCAACUGCGUGGCUCCAGGCCCAACUCGCCUUCCUACAGUGGCGGUGGUGGAGGAAACGGCGGAGGGGGCGGUAUGGGGAAGAGAAAGUACAGCAUCAACGGCGCUCCCUACCAUCAGACGUCCUGCUCACCCAACCAGUCCCCCACCCCCUCUCCACAUGGCUCCCCCAGGGUCAGCUUGACAGAUGAGAACUGGCUCGCCAACACCAACCAGUACACCAACUCUGCCAUCGUGGCCGCCAUCAACGCUCUGACCACAGACGGAGUGAUAGACAUGGGGGAGGGAAUCCCGAUCAAGACACGGAAGACGAUGAUGGACCACUCACCCUCCAUGAGCCUGAAAGUGGAGCCUGGUGGGGAGGAGCUGGGCCUUGACGGGGAGCUCUGCCACGAGGACUACCCCUCCCGACUGGCCCUCAAGAAGGAGAACUACUGUGGAGGGUUUCUGGACGUGCCACAGCAUCCGUACUCCUGGUCCAAACCCAAGCCUUACCUCAGCCCUUCACUGCCGGCCCUCGACUGGCAGCUUCCGUCCUGCUCCGGCCCGUACAACCUACAGAUCGAGGUGCAGCCCAAGUCCCACCACAGGGCCCACUAUGAGACCGAAGGCAGCCGAGGGGCCGUGAAGGCGCUCUCUGGAGGACACCCCGUGGUGCAGCUUUAUGGCUACAUGGAAAGCGAGCCGCUCACCCUGCAGCUGUUCAUCGGGACCGCAGACGACCGCCUCCUGCGACCACAUGCCUUCUACCAGGUCCACCGCAUCACCGGCAAAACCGUCUCCACCGCCAGCCACGAAGUCCUGCAAUCCAACACCAAACUUCUGGAGAUCCCUCUGCUGCCCGAGAACAACAUGAGAGCCAUAAUUGAUUGUGCAGGGAUCUUGAAGCUGCGUAACUCGGACAUUGAGCUCCGCAAAGGGGAAACGGACAUCGGACGUAAGAACACUCGGGUGCGGUUGGUGUUCCGAGUGCACAUCAACCAGCCCAAUGGCAGGACAGUGUCCCUGCAGACUACAUCCAACCCCAUUGAAUGCUCCCAGCGCUCAGCACAGGAGCUUCCCUUGGUGGAGAAGCAGAGUGUGGAAAGUUACCCUGCCACGGGAGGCAAAAUGAUGCUCCUGAGUGGUCUUAACUUCCUGCCCGACUCGAAGGUGAUGUUUGUGGAGAAGGCCCAGGAUGGGCAUCAUCUGUGGGAGACGGAAGCCAAAGUUGACAAGGACUCCGUCAAAUGUAGUUCUCUCGUUGUGGAGAUCCCACCAUACAGAAACCAGAGACUAACCAGCCCCGUGCAUGUCAACUUCUACGUCUGCAACGGCAAGAGGAAGAGGAGCCAGUGCCAGCACUUCACCUACCUGCCUCCUAAUGUGCCGAUAAUAAAGACAGAACCCAGUGAUGAAUAUGAUUCGCUGGGGACUGCAGGGCUGCCCAUGCGCUCAAAGCACUACUACAGCCAGCCCAGGCUCACUCCCAUCAUGCCUGUAGCAGAUCCUGACGCCUGCCUGGUUGGCGUCUACCCUCCCUGCCCUCCUCGCCAUGUCGCCAUUCCGUCGUCGUCUCCCAGCUCCAGCCCCACCCUGCAAGACCUGUCCCCCGUGGCGUACAGCAAGUGCCUCCCCAGCAGCCCCACCCGGGAGACCCCCGUCUGCCCUAACCUCACCCACCCAGCCUCGCCAGACCACAACACAUGCCUGGGGAUGCUCCAUUCCCAGGGCAGCCCCGGCAAACUCAACAGCCCUGGACCCCAUGGUUACCACCCUAUAUACGCCAACAGCAGCCCCUCGUCCUCCCCGGUGUCCCACCCUUCCACUCCCGGUGGGACUGCGGAGAGCCCGUUCAUUCAGACCUACAGCCCCAGUCAGGCUCAGGCAACAGCCAGCCCACCCAGCCUGCUACCUGAGGAUGCCAGCCCCCCUUCGAUGGCCAUCACCGUCAAACGGGAGCCACAGGAUCAACUGGACCAGAUGUACUUAGACGACGUCAACGAGAUCAUCAGGAACGACCUCUCCAGCAUCUCCGUGCACACUCACGCGUAGGCGCCCGCCGAGUCCACGCCAAACAUUUUUGACCAGGAAUCUCCCACCGGACCAACUGCUGCCAUCAGGAUUCACAUUGACAAUCACUGGCGAGCUCCAUUUGAGUACACAGAUGAAUAUUAUAUUUACAGAAAGAAAAGAAAAAAAGGGAAAGUGAUUCAUCAGGGGGCAAAGUACACGACUGCACUUGCCUUAAUAGUUCACAGCAGAUGUUCUUUAGCGGACCAAACGGCUCAACGUUGACAAAUGACAAUCUUCAUUCGUGAUGUGUAUGUGUAAUGCAUGGACAAAACUAGCGGGACGACGAGUGUCACGCUUCAUCUCUUUGGUUUCGUUUUUUUUUUUCCUUUAUGCAAGUCAGUGCGCAAACAACUGAAUCGGUGCCUUACGACAGUGACCCCGGCGGCGAGAGGUCACACAAAUGCAAGUGGUCGGUGUGAACCCGGAGUGGAAGUUUUUAUAUGAAACCUUUUGUAUCAUUUCAAUGAUUUGUUUACAGGGACACAGAAUUUAAAAAAAAGAAGAAAAAAAAGGCUAGAGAACAUGUAGGGGAGUAUGUGAAUUGUAGAAUUGUGUUUUUUUUUUCUUCUUUUUCUUGCUUCCAUAUUAUCCCAUUGUUCAUUUAUACCAAAUGUUAUUGUAUCAUAUUCUUUUGUAUAAAACAUGUAUUUGAAAAAGUAAUAUGUAUGCCUUAUGCUUUUAUCGUGCAAGUUUGCUAUUUAGCUCCCCCCCCCCCCAUAUGAUUUGUACCAUUUCUACUUAUCCUGCAUUAUGCUUUUCACCUUAGUGCCUAUUUUUUAUUUUAUUCUUUUGAAUCAUCCUGUCCCGGUCUUCCAGUCCUCCGCCCGGAUCACGACAUAUAUAGAUGCACAGACAAUCAGUUGAAAUGUAUAGACACAUAUCCUAUGACAACAGUUCCUGUGUUGCAGGGGCCUAUAAGAAGGCAGGUAGCAGAGUCCCCCCCCCCAGCUAUAAGGUAGUUGAACAACGGUAUGCUUACCUGCUGAAGUAAAAUGAGAAUACUCCAGGACAAUAUAUAUUUUUGUCUCGUCCUUCUUGCACUGCAGGUUUGCGUGUAAAUAGGCACCAGGGUGAUGGAAGAAUAGUUUCACUCGAUCAUCAGGCUGAUUCCACCGAGGGGUCGGCGGGACUGUUAAUAACUGGCAAUAAUUGAUCUGAUUAAACCAAAGGAUUUUUAUCUUUGGUGAAAUUAUUGUCCAACUUCCCUUUUUUUUUUCUCUCUCUCUUCCUGUCAGAGACUUUAGAGUAGAAUGGUUCCCCCCAUACGGAAAAAAGAAAGAAAGAACAUUAUGCACUUUACCAUAGAAACAGAGCAGGUUGGGUUUUUUUCUGCCUCCAGACCAAAUAUUGUCGAAUGAUUUCCACCGUCGUGUCAUAAACGCACCCUCAUGGACUCUUCUUUUUUCGCAACAGCUGCGGUCUCCCCAUGUCAUCUGUCUUCUGGAGCAUGCACACCAUAAUAAUGUUGGGGGAUCAUUUAGCUGUCAGUGGCUUCCCAUAUAGCUUCCUGAUACAUGUUUUGGGACAUAUAGUAUAAUAGCAUGAUAAAACUGUAUGAAUAAGGUUUUCUUAUUUUGUGCCUUACUUCUCUUUCUUGGCUACGAGGUCAUUGCAACUCGAUAAGGCUUCUUUUUCUGUGUAGGCACAAGGUGGGACAUGUUUCUCUUUAAUAUGAGAUAUUUAUGGAAAAUAAAUGAAAAUGUGUUUUAAGUGCAUUCAAUGUGUUCUCAACAAUUAAUUAAUAAAUGGCAUAAUGGUGACCAUA